UGAUUCCUAAACGUCCUCCCCAGGCCAGAGUCCUGUUUGGACCAGCCCAUGGACUCCAGCAGUGUCCACGAGGUGGUCCACGAGGUGGUCCACUCUGACUCCUCAGCGCUGCCAGCCAAACAUCACGACCCUGACACCACCGAACCAAUCAGCUGCGGCCUUCAGACUUUAGAGGAGUUGUUGUCGUGGAAACGAAGCGAUGCGAACCUCUUUAAUGUGGCAGCUGUCCCUUUGGCCCCUCGGGACCCUCCCCUCACCGCGAGUGCCCGCCGGACCCUGGUGUCUCACGACAUGAUGGGCGGCUACUUAGAUGACCGCUUCACCCAGGGCACACACAGCGAUGCUCCGUAUGCCUUCUACCACUGGCAGUACAUUGAUAUUUUCAACUACUUCACACACAACAUGGUGACCAUUCCUCCUGUCGUGUGGACCAAUGCAGCACAUAAACACGGAGUCGUCGUUCUUGGGACCUUCAUCACAGAGUGGACUGACGGAGCGGUGGUGUGCGAGGCCUUCCUGAAAGACGAGGAGUCGUACCGGGCGGUGGCUGAUAGGCUGGUCCAGAUCAGCCACUGCUACGGCUUCGACGGCUGGCUCAUCAACAUCGAGAACUCCCUCAGUGAGAGUGCGGUGAAGAACACUCCUCUGUUCCUGCAGUAUCUGACAGAGCAGAUGCACGAGAGAGUGCCCGGCAGCCUGGUGCUGUGGUACGACAGUGUUCUCGAAAAAGGAGAGCUAAAAUGGCAAAACGAACUGAACGAGUCCAACAG